AUGACAGUAACAACAUCAAAUUCAAUAACAACGAGUGCGGCCAACAAGAGGCUGCCCGUACUAAGAGGAGUCGUCUUUGACAUGGACGGUACUCUGACCAUUCCAAACCUGGACUUUGUAGAAAUGUACCGACGCUGCGGAGUGGACCAAUCCAAGGACAUUUUGGAAGAGAUUGCAAGCCGCUCCAAAGAGGACCAACAGAUUGCGUUUGCGGCGAUUGAUGAGUUGGAAGAAGAAGGUCGACGGACCCUUCAGCUCAUGCCAGGAGCCGCCGAACUGACUUGCUGGUUGGCCCAUCAUCAAAUACCAAUGGCACUGGUCACGCGGAAUACUCGCAAAUCGGCCAAGGUAUUGACCGAUCGAGUGUUACCACCUAAUGUCAACCUAGACGUUGCGAUUACACGAGAUGAUGAACAAGGUUAUGCACCCAAACCAUCACCCGAAGCCAUGCAAGCCAUUGCCAAGCAGUGGUCGAUGGAGUUGCCAAACGAUGGAAUCUUCAUGGUCGGGGAUUCAGUAGAAAACGAUAUUGUGUUUGGGAAGAAUGCAGGAGUUGCUACUGCACUAUUAGAUACAGAGAAGAUACAUAGUGAAUCCGGGGCAGAUUUUGUAAUGUCCGAAUUGACAGAUUUGGCGCGCCACUUGUGGACCAACUAUGAUAUUGAGAGUCCGCUUGGCACGGCAGCUAGAACCUUGGAGAAAUAUCCUCGUCCUGAACCAUCGACUGAUCUUACCAAAGCUGCCGCGAACGGAGAUAUGGAUACCAUCCGAGAACUAGCCAAGAGUGAUGGAUUUGACAUUAAUGCUGUGGACGAGUCCAAGAAUACGGCUCUGAUAUGGGCAACGGAAAACAACCAGUCGGAAGUUGUGGAAUGGAUCCUCUCAACAUUUGCCGAUGUAGUUGCAAAGGACCACAAAGGCUACUUGGGAGCAACAGCCAUUACGAGAGCCUCUCGUUUAGGUCACUGCUAUAUUCUAAAGGCGCUGAUAAAAGCCGGAGCCGACAUGGAUACGCCGAAUGACAAAUUACAGUACCCAUUGCACUUUGCCGCCUUCAAGGAAAAGAAAGACGCUGUCACCAUACUAUUGGAAAGUGGUGCCAACCCUCGAAGUUUGGACCGGAAAGGGAGAACGCCAGCUCAAGACACCAAGAAUGAAACGAUACGCGAUAUGAUCCUGGCAUGUGCUGCGAAGAAUGGUAGCAGCUAG